ACUUUCUAGCCUCUGGUUUGAGUUCCUCUCCGGACCUAAAUAUACGUCGCACGCGAACUGUAGAAAUAUUUGUCACCAUGGCGACCAGGACCCUGUGUCAAGUUUUCCAGCGCUGCUAUGCAUCUACAGCAGCGGCUGUGCGUCCACAAGCGGCCGAGGUCCGCAGCCAGCGCAACGCCGUCUUCUCCAGAGAGCAGGCCAGGCAGAGAGCUCUGUACCCUCGCAUCGAGAAGAUAGAGGUGUCCAUGCAGGGCCCGGGGCUGGAUGGUACACUGCUCAUCAUGAACAAAGGGAUGUCCACUCCACUGAGCUGUGCCAGGCACUUGACAGAGUAUCACGUGACCAACUCAGCUCUGGCCCUGGUAGAUGGGGAACUAUGGCCUCUCCACCAGCCCCUCGUCCACUCUUGCUCACUUACCUUGCUCACAUUUAAAGACAGUGACCCAACACUGGUCAACCAGGCCUAUUGGCGUUCCUGUGCUGCUUUGCUGGGUCAGGUGCUGGAGACUGCCUUCAAGGACGACUAUACUGUGGAGUUGCUCAGCACACUAGAGGUGCCAGUCACUUCAGGAGCCUUCUGCUGUGAUGUGGCACUCGACUCUCAGCUGGAUUCAUGGACUCCCUCUGAGGAGUCAUUGCGCUCUCUGACCCGAGGGGCCCAGCAGCUGAUCCACCAGGACCUGGUCUGGGAGCCUCUGGAGGUGGUGCCCUCUGUGGCGCUGGAGGUCUUCUCACACAGCAGGUAUAAACAGGAAGAGGUGGAACAGAAGGCAGCACAAAAUCCAAAAGGCACAGUGAUGCUCUACAGAUGUGGUGACCAUGUGCUGCUGAGCGGGGGCCCUCUGGUGGCCAGGACAGGCCUGUGCUCCCAGUACGAGGUGACAGGCCUCCACAGCCUGGGCCAGGGUCCCUGGGGCCUCCACCGUCGAGCACAGGGCCUUUCCCUGCCUCUGCAGCUGCAGGCUCACCACACAGUCUGGAGGAAACUGAGGCAGCGGGCACAGAAACUGGUCGAGUUGCCCAGCCCUGAGGAAGUGACUCCACCCUCUCUUCCUGACCCAGCUCCACCUCCGACCAGCCAGUAACGACCUCUGUGUAACCUUCCACACACACAUACACACUUUGACAUGUAUCUGAUUGUAUUAUUUGUUCAAUAAAUGUGUAUAAAAAUGUGACAAAUCA